UCACGCACACUCCUUGUUUCUCGCCUCAAGUUAGUAACCCUUCCUCUCUUCUUCUUCUUAUUCUGUUUCAAAAACCAUUUUUUAUUAUUUUCCGGAUGGCGUCCGGUACUGUGAAACCUUCUUCUCGGUACCGUUCCUACGAUUCACGCUCCUCCACUUCCUCUCAUUUCUCCGACCCUUCCUCCUCCCAUGAAUUCAACAAUCUCAAAACCAAAACCUCUUCUUCUUCUUCUCGCGCUCUCGUCAAGGCCAAACCCUCAAACACCGCCAAGGUGGACCCCACCUUCACCACCAUGGUCAAGAAGUUCAUGGACAGGAAACCCAAAUCCUCCUCCUCGGCCGCCGCCACCGCCACCAGGUUGAUUAUUCCCUCCGAUUUUCUCGCGAAGGAUUUGAAGAAGGACGCGAAGAAAGUGGCGGGGUUCUCCGCGCUGCAGAAGAAGCUCUUCGGAAAGGGCGCUUCCGAGAAGAAGGAGAAGGUGAAGGCCUUGACCGAGGUGAAGAACAACACCAGGACAUUGGCCAUGGUGCUCAGGAGCGAGAGGGAGCUUCUCAGCAUCAACAAAGAGCAGGAGCAGCAGGUUUCUCAGCUCAAGCAAAUGCUUGAGGACAAGAACAAAGAGGUGGAGAAGUUGAAGGAUUUGUGUUUGAAGCAAAGGGAAGAGAUCAAAUCGUUGAAGAGUGCGAUACUGUUCCCUGAUGUUAUGAAUUCUCAGCUUCAAGAGCUUCUAGAGAAGCAAGGUUCGGAGCUGAAGCAGGCAAAACAGGUUAUUCCAGCUCUGCAGCAGCAGGUUUCUUCUCUCACUGGCCAGCUUCAAAGCCUUGCGGAGGACCUUGCUGAGGUCAAGGCUGAUAAGUAUUCAGCAAAAGCAGGUCUUCCAGGUUAUGGAAGUUCUCCAAGAACACCAACACAUGCCCGGGAAGAUGCUUCUAACUUUUGGGAAUUCAGCUCUGAUGACCAAUCUGACGACCUAUUACUGAAUGAUCUAAAUCCAUGCUUAACCCCCUGCGCUGUUAAAUCAAGAUCAAGGGAAUUUGAGGGUAGGGGCUCUGGCUCUAUGCAUGAUGAAAGCUUAUCUGAUGAGGAUGAUGCUAAAGUCUAUCCUGGGAUGAAGUUUAGCUCUCAUGAUCGCAAGUUUUCCAAAAGUUCCGACUGUUGCCAUAACUCAAGCAAAAUAAGCGUGGCAACCAAAGCAGGUCGAAGAUCUGAUGAGAGCAAAUUGGCCUAUGGAGGUAGAAUGAACCAUAAAUUUGCAUGAAUAAAUUUCAAUCCCCUUGUUGAGAUUUCUUAUACCUUUUCCCCGUUACCAACUUUCAGUUUUGUUAUUAUACCGUCAAUAUGUCUGUUUCAGAAGUUGGACAUUGUCUCUUGAAACAUGUAAGAUUAAAUUACUCCUCGUUGUAUAUGUUGCACAUGAGCAUAGAAUAAGGCCAAAAUCAAGAUCCUUCGAUAUGAACUACAAAGUACAAAUCCUUAAACCCUGGAUUUUAUUUAGUCUUGCAAAGAACAAUCAAGAUCAAUUUUUACAUUUGGACUACCAUUA